AUGAACUAUGUACGAAUAAAUUUCCAUGGAAAGCUAAUAUCCCCCAGAGCGGGACAACUAAGAAAUAGAAAUAUCCGCGCAAGAGAGGUAAAUCUGACCCGUCUGGAACGAAUUCCACUUGAACGACAACAAAGUAUGAUUGGACACAUAGUCCGGAAUCUUCACUUUCUUGGUCACGGUAUACCCACCCGCAAUGGAGGUAUAGCACGAGUUCAACGCCGCAUUAUCCACACCCUGACACUUUGGUCUCUCCGCUGCCUGGAACCCAUUGCAGGUGAACCAGUCAUUGCGCCAGCAGGCCUGACCCUCGACACAGUCCGCACUGUACCCACACUCCUGCCCAUUGACAUCCGUGCACGGCAAGAGGCCGGCUUCGAAGCAGUCCUCCGCGGCUUGCUUCUCCGCCUGAGUUGGCAGGUACGACGCGUCCAGCAGUUUGUCAACGAUGCUCUGGUCCUGACAGAUGCGAUAGCUGAACAUGCCGCCGUGGUCACCGUUGUGGUCGACGCACCACUGCACUUCGAUCUCUUGGCCGGCGGUGUAGGUGGCGACUGGUUUGGUGCCCCAGUUACUGCUCGGCUGGUUGUAGUCGAUGCUAUCGCGGGCAUUGUACCCGCAGGGACCGCUGCGACUGACAGCGGCGGAGUCGAGGUCGGGCCAGGACGAGACGGGUUCCAGGAUGGCGCAUUCAGGACAGGAGUCCACGCCGGCCUGGCUUGUUAG